GCGGGGCCUGGAGGCUGAUGGCCUCCGGGCGGCAGGGGGCAGCCUCUCCCAAGGCGGCGGCUCUCGGUUCCCUGCUCCGCGUCUUUCGGGCAUACAGUGACCUCGGGCGGCGGGUCGCGUCGGCCGGGCAUGGCGGCAUGGAGCCCGGCCGCGGCAGCGCCUCUGCUUCGCAGGAUCCGCGGGCUUCCACUUCACCAUCGGAUGUUUGCCACCCAGACUGAGGGGGAGCUCAGAGUGACCCAAAUUCUCAAAGAAAAGUUCCCACGAGCUACAGCUAUAAAAGUCACUGACAUUUCAGGCACUAAAAGAAGAAAUCAAAGAGAUGCAUGGAUUACGGAUAUUUACCUCUGUCCCCAAACGCUGACCACGCCCUGGCUGCAUAGAUGCUGCUGCUUAAGACCUCGGAUGAACUUGACUAACAUCAUUCUUCCCUAAGCAUUCACCAAAAAAUUUAUAUAUUUUGCUCAUAUACAUUUCCAUAUUAUAAUUAUAGAAGAUGUAUAAUCUAUUUAGAUGUUAAUUAAAGGAAACAAACAACUGAA